AUGCCUGUCUUAGGAGGUUUCAAGAUGAAUGCACAAACAGAUUUACGACUUGAAAAUAAUCGUGCUCUUCUGCGUGCCGCCGAAGAAGGUCAUAGUGACCGUGUCCGUCGCCUUAUCAGCGGAAACCUGCUUGACAUCGAUACCAAAGAUUCCCAAGGACGUAGCGCUCUUCUGCUUGCCACCUGGAAAAAUCAUGUCGAAAUCGCACAGAUGCUCAUGCAAGCUGGUGCCGAUGUCAAUGCUCAAGACAAAAUCUAUGAUAGUCCUUACCUUGUCGCUGGAGCCGAAGGACGUUACGAAAUCCUCAAGCUCAGUCUUGAAUACGGUGCUGAUCUAAAAAGCCUCAAUCGUUACGGAGGAACCGCCCUCAUUCCAGCCUGCGAAAAAGGUCAUCCUCGGAAUGUCGAACUUCUGCUGCGCGCUGGCGUCGAUGUCAACCACGUCAACCGACUCGGUUGGACCUGCCUUCUUGAAAUCACCAUCCUCGGCGAAGACCGUGAACCCUAUUGGACCAUUGUCAAAAUGCUCCUCGAGGCCAAUGCUGAUAUCAACAUCACGGACAAAAACGGCCUUCAUGCCCUGGAUCAUGCACGAAAACGUCAACUCUCCACGAUCGAAAAGAUCCUUAUCGAAGCCUUGGAAAAUCCUCAUGAUCAAUAA